ACGUAGCGUACAUUGUUAAGUACCUUUCUAUUACUUAUAUCGUUGAUGAGUACCUACCUAGGAUGUGUUGUAGACGGAUCAUUUUUAACGUGUUUAUAUGGUGAAAGGCUCAUUGAGCACUUUCAAUAUUUUGGACAAGUAUGGAAGUAGAGCACAAUCUCUUGCCAGAGGAUCGUCUCAAAGAUGACGAUGGGCAUAUAGUAAGAACUGGAACAAUAUGGAGUACCAUGGCUCAUAUUAUCACAGCCGUGAUAGGAUCCGGGGUCCUCUCACUUGCUUGGAGCACGGCUCAAUUAGGAUGGAUUGGAGGUCCAGUAGCCUUGCUUUGCUUUGCAGUUGUCACUUUUGUGUCUUCUUCCCUUCUAGCUGAUUGUUACAGGUCUCCUGACUCUGUGACUGGAGUGCGAAACCCAUCUUACAUGGAUGCGGUUAGAGUAAAUCUUGGAAGAAAACAAACAUGGAUAUGUGGUUUGCUUCAGUAUGUGAGUAUGUAUGGAACUGGUGUUGCUUAUGUGAUUACCACUGCAACAUGUAUGAGAGCAAUUCAAAAAUCUAACUGCUACCACAAAGAGGGGCGCGAUUCUCCCUGUGAUUUUGGGGUACACAUUUAUAUGCUGGCAUUUGGAGGGAUUCAGAUGGUUAUGUCUCAGAUACCUGAUUUCCACAACAUGGCUUGGGUGUCUAUUGUUGCUGCUAUAAUGUCCUUUUCUUACGCUCUCAUCGGGCUGGCUCUUGGUUUUGCAGAAGUAAUUGAGCAUGGAAUGAUUAAGGGAAGUAUCAGAGGAGUCCCAGCUGAUACCACAGCAGAGAAGUUGUUUCUCAUGUUUCAGGCACUUGGCGACAUAGCCUUUGCCUAUCCAUACGCACUAAUCCUCUUAGAAAUACAGGAUACUAUCAAGUCCCCUCCUCCGGAGAACCAGACAAUGAAGAAAGCCUCAGUAUCCGCCAUCAUUGUCACGACUAUCUUCUACCUGGGCUGUGGAUGUUUUGGAUAUGCAGCCUUUGGAAAUGAUACACCUGGAAACCUUUUGACAGGAUUUGGAUUCUAUGAACCUUUUUGGCUAGUCGACUUUGCUAAUGCCUGCAUUAUUAUACAUCUCAUCGGAGGAUAUCAGGUGUUCAGUCAGCCAGUAUUUGCAUUUGCAGAAAGAUGGUUCAACGACAAGUUCCCAAAUAACGAUUUCAUGACCAAAUUUUAUGACUUGAAACUCCCAUUUUUACCAGCUUUUCAGUUAAGUCUGUUCAGGAUAUGUUUCCGGUCUGUAUACGUUGUGACCACGACAGGAAUUGGAAUGGUGUUCCCGUAUUUUAAUGAGAUACUAGGAGUGUUGGGGGCCUUGAACCUGUGGCCCUUAGCUGUAUAUUUCCCAGUAGAAAUGUAUUUACUGCAGAAAAAGAUAGGAGCUUGGACAACAAAAUGGGUAGCUCUUCAGUGUUUUAGCAUGGUCUGCUUGCUUGUCACAAUAGUGGCUUUAAUUGGCUCAGUUCAAGGACUCAUCCGAGCAAGAACUAGCUAAUUAUAGGGUGCCUCUGGAAACCAUAUAGUAUCAGUUUGGUGAUUUGUUCAAAGCAAGUAUAAAUAACAAUAGAUAACUUUACAAGAAGGUUGUUAUUUCUUUUAUUUUUCUUUGUUCUUUU